GCGUUGCUAUCAUUACCGGCAAACUUUGACAGUGACAGCUGUUUUGGAGGGAAAGGUAUUUGUCAAAAAGGCAAACAUGCAUAAAAAUGAUCAUCAUGUGUUUAUGUACUUGAGUCACUAUUAAUAACAGAAAAAAUGGACGAACAAAAACUUUUGAAACGGAGAAAUAAAGCCCUCCGAGAAAACAAUGAAGGGGUCCUUAUCAGCGUUUGCACCGACUUGGCUAAUUUAUACGUCGACAAAGGCAGGUUUGACUUUGCUAUAGAGGAGUACACCACUGUUGCAAACAUUUACAAGAAACAAAACAAGCAAUUGGAGUAUGCUGUAGUCAGUAGAGGCAUAGGUGAGGCCUAUUUGGGCUUACAAAAGUUUGAUAAAGCCUUGAAACUCCAAAAAAUCUACUUAGAUAUUGCAAGGGAAUUGAAAAAUAAGCUGGAGGAACAACGUGCCCUUGCCACCAUUGGCCACACUUACCUCACCACCUACCUAGAUUCACCCGAACCCGACAAAAACAACCUAAACCUGGCCAAUAAAUUUUUCAUGAAGAGUUUAGUAGUGUCACAGAGUUUAGUUGGGGAGGCGAGUAAACUGGAAAUUGCAGACAUGUGUGCGCGCCUUUAUUGCAAUUUAGGCUUAGUCCAGGACUCUCUCGGUAAUUACGACAAAGCUUUGGAACUUUUUACCAAGUCUAUAAACCAGUGCAAGGCUCACGACUUGUACGAGCAGCUGCAAAGGGGCUACAUGUCCCUAUCGUCCCUUUUGGUCAAAAAGGGGGACAGUAAGGCGGCCCUUCAACAGUGUAAUUUGGCCGCUGAGACUGCAAAAAAAUUACGGAAUAAGGCUGUUCUUUUGGCUGGGAUUUUUUUGAGCAAGUCUGAGAUUCUCUUAAAGUUGGGGGAUUUACACGGGGCCAAGAACGCCCUCCACAAGGCGUACAAACUUAACACGCCGGAUGUCAAGGAGCGGAAAACGAUAGAAAAUAAUUUGAAAGUUGUCGCUUCAAUGUGUUACAACCAGGAUAAGCUUUUGGUCACUGAUAGCACUGACUAUCCUACCUUAAAGAAAUUGUACGAAAAGAUGGGCGAUGGCGCAUGCCAUUUGAAACUCUACACCAAAGCGCUCGAUUAUUACAAAAAAAUGAUGGAGACGGCGGAAAAGGCCGAAAUGACCGGUCCGGACCUGGCUUCGUGUUAUUACAGUCUGGCGGAGACUUACAAAGACAACGGCCAGUUUGAGGAAGCUGUUGAGUAUUUCGAGAAAGAGUUGGUUCUUUGCAAGAAUUUGAAGGACAGUUUGAAUACUUUGAGCAAUAUUGCGGAUACAAAAGAAGCAGCAAAUGAGCCGAUUAGUGAAGUUAGAGCUGUCUAUAGCCGAGCUAUAGAGAGUUGUCAAAGGGAAGGGAACGUACAUGAGGAAGGCCGAAUGUUAAAACGCCAAAUUCUGUAUUUGAGGCGACAAAAACAACAUUCGGAAGCGUUCAAUUUGGAGCAGAGCUUGGCAAAAUUGGAUUUUCACAGUUCGGACAGUGAGGGCGAAAGCUCCGACGCUCAGACCGAGUCUGUGGUGGGAGCGGAAAUCGACUUGGAAGCUAUCACAGAUGUCUCUGAUGAUAGUGACGUUGACCAACCAACGACACACCGUCGCCGCUCCAAAAAUUUCCAAAUCAAGCGAAACCUAAAAGGUGAGACCCAACUUCACACUGCUUGCAUUAAAGGACAAUUGAACGUCGUCCGCCACCUACUCGACCAAGGCCAUCCGGUCAACGUCAGAGACAACUGCGGGUGGCUACCCCUACACGAAGCCUGCAUACACGGCCACCUUGACGUCGUCCAACUCUUACUAGACAAGGGGGCCGCAAUCAACGAUCGAGGGGGCACCCAAUGCGAAGGCAUAACUCCCUUACACGACGCCGCCUCCAAUGGACACCUUCCAAUAGUUGAGUUGUUACUCACUAGAGGUGCAAACGCCGUUGCUAAGACAGACGAAGGUGAAACAGUUUUGAAUUUUUUGAGAAAAUGGCGGACCGGUGUCCAGUUAAAUAACGACAGUCAGGUGCUUUAUGAGAGGCUAGUCGAGCAAAUAUCACUCGCUUUGCAAAAAUCUGGCCAGGCUGUGAUAGUAAAUGACGAUCGAGAGACGCAGCGACGAUCGGCAAUUGUCGAGGACAGUUCAAAUCCCGACCACCGAAGCGAUAUGGAGACGGAGGCGCCCUCUACGAGUAGUUUACGGCGUUCGGCAAUCAUCGGGCUGGAGGAUGACGACAGUUCAAGCCCCGAUCGCCAGGCCGAUGAUUACCGAAACGUCAUGGAGAGUCUCAGACGCAAAAAUGUGAAAAGCCCCCCGAAAGCAUCAAGUAGUGUGGUCAAAAGACCCGCCCUCUUAUUCGAUGAUGACAUCGUCGAUGAUUGGUUGGACGACGACCUUGGGCAAAGGUCAAAAAAACGCAAAACGGCCUCGCCGGUAAAGUCGGCCCCUUCCCAAAACUGUCAGUAUUACCAACCUCCAUCGCGCAGUCCUGCCAAACGACCAAAACAAGCCAAACUGACACACUUCGGCCACACUAGGACCCUGGUCGAGGCCGACUCGACCUCGUCGCCGAAAGCACCCGAACCCGCUCCGAAACUGCCCCGACCUCGCUCGUUCGACCUCGGCACCGACCCGACCUUAUCCGUAGACGUCCGAAUCGAGAAAAAACUAUACCGAGUCCCGGUUCUCCUAUCGCAGGUGGCCACCCACACAAUCAAGUGGCUAGCGGACGAGGCGGCCGCCCGAUACGCCAAAAAACAAUACAUAGUGCCAACAUUAGAACUCGAGACUAAAAACGGGGCGGUUUUGGCCGAUGACGACCCGAUUAGUCUUUUGUUCCCAAUGGGGGGAACCCAGGCCGAAGAGGUCGAGGCCCGCAUUGUUAAAUCAAAUCUUCCGCCUCUUAUAGACCGCUACAAGGAGGCGUGUCAGGACAUGGGGGCGGUGCCACGUGACUCGAUUGGUCAAGUCCUGCAGGAGUUUUCGGUGGGGUUGGAUUUGGCCAAUCGGGGGUUCAAGGGGGCGGUGCUAGCCCCCCUGGUCAAGGUGUUAAACCGGCAAAGCAACCUACUCGAGUUGGACUUAUCCGGCAAUUUUUUAACAAACGAGUGUUUCGACUUGUUGGCCAAAAGUUUGGCCUGUUUGGAGAGCUUGUACAAGUUGAAUUUGAACUGCACAAGUCUCACUUCGGGGCAUGUGCAAGCCAUCGUAGCCAACUUAAACCCGGACGUUUCGUACAAAAUAAUAGAUCUCGACUUUAGCGACAAUUGGUUACGUGAUGAAAGCUUCGAAAGCUUGGCCUUGUUAACACGCCGAUUACAACUAAAAAAGUUCAAUUUGUCGAAUAAUAAAUUCACGCAAAACCUAUUCAAUCACCGCCUAAACAAAGACUUGACCCUAAAUUUGGACCAAAUCGAAGAAUUCGACAUCAGUGAUAACGCCUUCGAUAAUACCACCCUUAUCACUAUAUUAUCAUGGCUCCAGUUCGCCAACUUAACACACUUGAACGUGUCACGAAACUCUCUUAGUGACAACUUUUUACACGAAGUGCUCAACCGAAUGUGGACCCAAACGGGUCCGUUACGCGUUUGCAAGCUGUCAAAUUGUCAUGUGACCGAUUCGGAGGUGUUUGAUUUGUUGCGCGUUGCCACGUCGCUUCAACACUUGGAUGUUUCCUACAAUGAUGCUUUGACGAGUAUUUCGUUGAGGAGAUUGCUACAGAGUGGCAUCAUCACGUUGGAUAUUUACGCUUGUGGGAACAUUUUUCAGUAUUUUACCGAAUUUUCUAAGUAUUUGGAUGACGCGUCACGCGAUCAAAAUCAAGGUAAGACGCUUAAGUUAAGCCCGCCGGAAAAUUCGCAACGCGAGACUGAGUAUUUGAUCGAGAUGUGGAGGGAGUUGUAUGGGGAGAAGACAGUCGUGGAAUUGACAAGUAAGUUUUUGGGGUUGUCUGUAUUGAAAGUGUAAUUUUUUUAUAAAAUAAAAUUUAUUUUUAUAUUUACA